CAUACUCAUAAUAAUGGUCACAUUUAUUUCCUUCACUUUCCAUCCAACUGUUUGAACUAACCCAAUCUUUUCAAACUUGAAUCACACAGCAAACCCAUUAACUCCAUCAUCAUCUUUCUCUCCCCUCAUUGAUUCCUCAUGCACCCUCUUUCCCCUUUGAUAUUAUAUAUUACCAGCUAGCAUUGAUAGUUUUAGUUGUUUGUUGUCUGUUAAUUAGCGUGAGUUAGCUUCAACCAUAUUACAUGGAGACGUCUCCAAAUCUUCCUUCUUAACCUCACUCUCUAUUUUCCCUUCCUCUUUUGGGCUUAAUCCUCUUUUAGUUAGCUCAUCAUUGAUCGGGGAGUAAUCUGAUAUGGAGAUUGAGGCGGCGAGAGGCGGUGGGGGUGGAGGCGGAAGAGGUGCCUACUUGGUCUGGGAAGAUUUAAGCGUGGUGCUACCAAAUUUCUCAAACAAUGGACCAACAAGGAGGUUGCUCGAUGGUCUUAGUGGGUUUGCUGAGCCUGGUAGGAUCAUGGCUAUUAUGGGUCCUUCUGGCUCUGGAAAAUCAACACUCCUUGAUACUCUAGCAGGUAGGCUGUCAAGAAAUGUGGUCAUGACUGGAAGUAUACUUUUCAAUGGGAAGAAGAAAAGACUAGCCUAUGGUGCUGUUGCUUAUGUCACACAAGAGGAUGUAUUAUUAGGAACACUGACAGUUAGAGAAACCAUUACAUACUCAGCAUACUUGAGGCUUCCAACUAGUUUUACCAGAGAAGAGGUCAAGAGCAUUGUGGAAGGAACAAUCAAUGAAAUGGGCCUCCUUGACUGCGCAGAUCGCUCUAUUGGAAACUGGCACUUAAGAGGCAUUAGUGGAGGUGAGAAGAAAAGAGUGAGCAUUGCACUUGAAAUUCUGACAAGGCCUCGCAUAUUGUUCCUUGAUGAACCUACUAGUGGUCUGGAUAGUGCCUCGGCUUUCUUUGUUAUUCAAACCCUCAGAAGCAUUGCUCGUGAUGGGAGAACAGUUGUUUCAUCAGUUCACCAGCCAAGUAGUGAAGUAUUUGCACUUUUUGAUGACCUCUUCUUACUAUCUGGUGGUGAAACUGUUUAUUUCGGAGAUGCAAAGACGGCUAUAGAUUUCUUUGCUGAAGCGGGUGUUCCAUGUCCUAGUAGAAGAAAUCCCUCUGAUCACUUCCUACGCUGCAUAAACUCAGACUUUGACAUUGUAACUGCCACACUGAAAGGAUCUCAAAGAAUUCGUGAUGUCCCGACAUCAGCAGACCCCCUCAUGAAUUUGGCAACGGCAGAGAUCAAAGCUAGGCUUGUUGAGAAAUACAGGCGUUCAAAGUACGCACAUAGGGUGAAAGCUAGGAUGCAGGAAAUAUCAGCAAUUCAAGAUCAUGUAGACGACAUGAAAAGUGGAAGUCAAGCAAGCUGGUGGAGGCAACUUUCAACCUUGCUCCGAAGAUCAUCUUUGAACAUGUCUAGAGAUGUGGGCUAUUACUGGUUAAGGAUAUGCAUCUAUAUAGUUGUAUCAGUAUGUGUUGGUACUAUCUAUUUCCACGUUGGCACUGGCUAUACUGCAAUCUUUGCGCGGGCAGCUUGUGGUGCAUUCAUAACAGGCUUCAUGACAUUCAUGUCUAUUGGAGGUUUCCCAUCCUUUAUAGAAGAAAUGAAGGUAUUUUAUCGAGAAAGGCUGAAUGGGUAUUAUGGAGUUUCGGUGUUCAUCAUAUCCAACUUCCUGUCUUCAUUCCCGUUCUUGGCUGCAAUUACUCUCUCUACUGGGACUAUCACCUACUAUUUAGUGAAAUUUCGGCCGGAAUUUUCUCAUUAUGUCUUCUUCAGUCUCAAUAUAUUUCUCUGCAUUUCUGUGGUAGAGAGCCUCAUGAUGGUGGUAGCUUCUCUGGUUCCCAACUUCCUCAUGGGCAUCAUAACAGGAGCUGGAAUCAUGGGCAUCCUGAUGAUGACUGCUGGUUUCUUCCGCUUACUGCCGGAUCUUCCCAAGCCAUUCUGGCGCUACCCGAUUUCAUUUCUCAGUUAUGGCUCAUGGUCAAUUCAGGGAGCCUAUAAGAACGACUUCCUUGGCCUUGAGUUCGAUCCCAUGUUCCCUGGCCCAAAAUUGUCGGGCGAGUAUGUGGUCACACAUAUGUUUGGUAUUCCAUUGGAGCAUUCCAAGUGGUGGGACUUGGCUGCUAUUCUUGCUAUUCUUGUGACGUACCGGGUUCUCUUUUUCUUAAUUCUCAAGUUCAAGGAGAGUGCAUCCCCAUUGUUUCAGACACUCUAUGCAAAGAGAACACUACACCAUCUUGAUAAGCGGCCUUCCUUCAGAAAAAAUCCCUCUUUCCCUUCCAACAGGCACCAACCUCUUCACUCACUAUCUUCUCAAGAAGGUCUCAACUCUCCACUCAAUUAGAAGCAGCUUAUAAGUAAUACUGAGAGGUUUAUAUGCAACAAUAUAUGCUUUGCCUCUAUUGCAGUGUAAUCUCUUCGAACAUGCAGUUUAUGUAAUUAGUCACUUUUGCUUAGGAAAGUUCAUUUCGAACAAAAUAGGAAGUUUCUGGUGGAGUAUUGUUUGCAGAAACUGUUUAUUAAUCUUUUUUUUUUUUUUAAAUGUGAUUGAUAUCAUAUAAGGAAUAACACAAUACAUGGGACAUUUAUAUGGAAAAUGAUGUUCGGACUCAA